AUGAUUUCAGGUAAUGCAACAGCGAUACCAAUUUUGCGAGUAAUUGGUUUGGGUAUGGGUGUAUUGUUAUGGGGCAUCACCAACUGUCUGAUGGGCUGGGCAAGCAGUCGCUUUGGUCUAUUUGGCCUUAAAAAGAAUGUUCCAAAUAAUGUCAUUAUGAACUACAUCGGCCUAGGAUUGAUUCUCUUCGGGUAA